UAAUAAUAAAAGGCCUGCGAGGACCCUGAAAACGAGAGAAGGACGGGUACGCGUCCGCACACGCGCUGUCUUCGACCCGUUCGUUUCACUUCGUGGCAUCAGUAGACAUGCGUUCAACUCACGUCCUCCGAGCUGCUCUGGCUCUGGCUGGGGCCGUGUCUGGAGCUUGUAUUCCAGCUGGCCCGUUCCCUAUGCCCAAGUGCAAGGGCGUCGACAUUGAGGAUCUCUCGAUCGAGAUUCUCCAGAGCUUCAUGGUGGCCGGCAAGUUGACGAGUCGCGACUUGGUGAGCUGCUACCUGGCACGCAUCGAACAGACCAACGAGUACCUCAAGUCGGUCAGCGAAGUCAACCCCGAUGCGCUCGCCAUCGCCGACGCCAUGGACGAGGAGCGUGCCGCGGGACACUUCCGCGGACCCAUGCACGGCAUCCCCUUUCUUGUCAAGGACAACUACUACACCAAUGACAAGCACAACACGAGCGAAGGCACCCUGGUCCUCCUGGGCGGCCGGUACUCGUCCGAGGCGACCGUCGUUGCCAAAGUGCGUGCUGCCGGUGGUGUGCUCAUCGGGCACAGCACCAUGUCGGAGGCUGCAGACCACCGCGCCCUGAGCAACUAUGCGAGUGGAUAUUCAAGCAGGACUGGGCAAGGCCGCAACCCUUACAACUUCACGCAGUCUACUGCCGGCAGCAGCAGUGGCUCUGUGAUUGCUGUGAGGACGAACCAGGUUGCUAUUGCGUUGGGAACUGAGACACACGGCUCCUUGACACAUCCUUCGGCGCAACUCGGCCUGUACACAAUCAAGUCCACACCAGGACUCAUGUCUCGCCACGGUGUCGUGACUGGAAGUUACUACCACGACACUCCAGGCCCACUGGCUCGGUCAAUGAAGGACGUCUCCAUCCUUCUCGAUAUCAUGGUCGGCGCCGACAAGUACGACAACCUGACCCUGACUGGAGUAGGCUCAUACCCCGAGAAGGGCUAUGCGUCCAAGGUGGUCAAGAAGCAAGCUCUGAAGGGCAUGAAGUUGGGUCUGCCAUGGUUCCCAUACUGGGCCUCCCAGGGACACAUCAACAGCCCCGGCACCCGUGCCAAGUACGACAAGCGGAUCAAAGAGCUCGAGGCGGCCGGCGCCACGAUUUACAACAUCACUACGCUGUCACGCUACGGAACAUUACUGACCUAUGCUACAAAGACGCGUGGAUUCGACUCCAUUGCGAGCCCGUACGGCGGAGGAAACCCGACUAGCAUACCCAGCCAGUUCAACCAGGUCACCGUCUUCAGCACUCUCAUGGCUGUCGGCUACGCCGAGUGGCUGGCCAACUGGUCUUUCCCCGAGGACGACUCGCGCCACGGCAUGAGCACAAUCGACGAGAUGGCCGCGUGGAACGACGCGCACAACGACACCACGGGCGCCCUGGGCAACGGCACCUGGUGGUGGGACCCCAAGACCGGACAGAGUUUCUACGACGCCGCGGUGGCGACCAAGGGCGAGAUGGGCUCUGCGUUCUGGACUGCCUUUGGCUGGGGCCGGAUGACGGCCGCCCAGGCCAUUGAUUCUGCCCACACCUAUGUCGCUGUUGACGAGACUACGGGAGAAACAACUGCCGUGGCUCUUGACGGACUUCUCGUACCAAGCGGCCGCGGUGGCGGAUACGGAAAUGCUUGUGCCUCGGUGCCCGCGUAUGCAGGAUACCCAGUUGCACAGGUGCCGGUCGACCAGGACGGCUUCGCGACACCGAUGGGCAUGUGCGUGUACGGCCAGAAGUUUGGCGAGGCGAAGCUGGUCGAAGUUGCGUCGGCGAUGGAGGACCUGUUCCAGUGGAACGAGAAGCCCAUGUGGCACGAAUACCUCACCGCCAAGGGGCCGUGGUUGGCGACGUGGCCGGGGUAUACUUGCAGCAACAGCAGUCUCAACGCUUACUCUUGUUCGAAAGCUUGA